UCCCACUUGUAACCCAAAAAAAAAAUUAGAGUCCCACUUGAACUCUUGUCACCCCCUUAAAUACAAAUAUACUCCCAGUGGAACUUUUCCUGCUAACAUGGGAUCUGGCCACAACAAUUAUAAAUAGGGGACCAUAUCAGCUUAUUUCUGCAAGACGAUUCAUCUGGGCAUUGACAGAAUAUAUUCUAUUCCAAGAUUCGGCAGUUCUAUAGAGCAAGGGAUCACAUAAGGUAAAUUCCGCUGCUAUUUACUCUGUAUAUUCUUCCUCUUUAUGGUGUUCCGCACGGAAAUUUCUUUAAAACAGUCAUCAGCCAUACCAAAAUUACCUUAGUUGGUGUUGACGAUCCAUAUCCGCUCCAAAUUGGCAUGAGAAGAGUUGGGAGAUUGCAAUUGAACUUCUGCCGAGGAGGGAGACGGUGUUUGCUGCUUUGUUGCAGAUUUCUGGCGAGAAGAAGGAGCUUCAUUGGCGCUGAUAUUCUUGUGUUCGUGAAGGAGCACGGUUCAUCCGGAGCUGCAGUGGUGUGGUUGCGUCGAGCUCACGGUUGAAUUUCGGCGGGGGCCUAUGUAGUCGGCAGCUGAGGUCGAGGUUGCUUUGUUGCCGGUCAGAGUUUCGUUGAUGCGGCGGAAAGAGGCUUCAAAGAAGCAAAGCUGCUGCUGAUUUCUUUUUAUUACUCUCGCUUUCGUCAAAGAGGGAGCAACAGACUCAUGGCAUUGCUCUGGUUCGUCGAAGAAGAAGCCGGAGGAAUGGAGGUCUCAUGUUCUGCGUGGGAAGAAGUUGACGAGAAGAUUGGGCCAGCUUCUUUAAUUUUAAUAAAUUAGGCCUUUUGGGCUUAUUUUAUGUUUUGAGCCUUCUCAUGAAUCCGUGCAAUUCCAAGAUCGAAACGAGGCCCUUGUUUUUCGCUAUUUCAAGUGAUUUAAUCAUUGCGCCACUUAUUGAAGAGGAAGGAGAUUGACUGAUUAUCAAUCAUCGGUGCUUGGGGGCCCUUCGUUGGGUUAGUGGCACCGAUCUAAAGAAUUGGUCUGAUUGCUGAUCAUUGGUGUCGCUUGGGGCCCUUCGUUAGGUUAGUGGCACCGAUCUAAAGAAUUGGUCCGAUUGCCGGUCAUCGGUGUCGCUUGGGGCCCUUCGUUGGGUUAGUGGCACCGAUCUAAAGAAUUAGGCCGAUUGCCGGUUAUUGGUGUCACUUGGGGCCCUUCGUUGGGCUAGUGGCACCAAUCUAGAGAAUUCGGCUAAUUGCACUUGUUGAAGACCGAGAUGUUGCCGCUACUUUCGACCUUUGUCCAUUCUGAAGGAGCUUGACUAAUUAUUGGCCAGUGUUACUGAUUUCUUUGUUCGUCUAGUCGGAAGAUGAAGUCAAUUGCUCGGGCUUGAGAUUGAUUAUCAUUGCUGAGCGGCCUUUUUUUUCUUUAUUAUUAUUAUUAUUUAUUUUUUUAGUAAUAAUAAUAAGAAUAAUGAUGGUUUUUUUUGCAGGUUAAAAUGAUCUUUUAAGGACAUAAGGUGUGGAGGCAAGAAGUAUCUCUCCAUAUCAACGAGCAAGAAGAAUGACGAAGAGAUUCUUUUGGAGAUGCACAAGCCAUUUGCUCGCGAGUUUUGGGGUCCAACGGUUGUGUCCUAUCGAGUUACAAACUGGACUCCUGAGUGCGAGUAUCAAACUCAGACAAUGCGGACUUUAGUAUCUGGCUUUACUCACAUGUCCUCUUCUGAGAUUCUUCCUUCUUUGGGUAGACGCAUCCUUGAUGAAAACGCCCCUUUGACAAAGACCUUAUCAUUUGGUGGUGAGUUUAGAUUCAUCACAGGUUAUUGAGACUGGGCCGAAGAUAUUUUGAGCAUGAGUAAAAGCGUUCUGGAGGAAGGACUUAUUUAUGAUGUUGUUUAUGCCUCAUUAUUCACGUAUGACCGAUGUACUAAUGCUAUUCAAGCAUUUUGUGAGGCAUGGUGUCCCACGACGAAUACUUUCCUUACGUCAAUUGGCGAAUUGACGAUCACACUUUGGGACUUGCACAUUAUCGGAGGAUUGCCUAUCAUAGGAAACGCAUAUGAUGAAUCUAUUCCGGGCACUUCUGAGUUGUUAAAUACGAGCGCUGACCGUUCAUUUCAUCUCUGCAAAUAUUUGUUUCACGCAUAUCAUCAUCUCUUUCCCAAAGCCGGAGAUAAGCGUGUUUUGCAUGUUCAUGCGUGGGUCAAAUUAUGGUUCAGAAAGGCCUCCAAGUAUACUAUGCCUCCAGUGAGAACAGAAAAGAAACGAACAUCUCGUGCCAAGGCGACCCAUAAUCCGAGCGGAGCUAUUCCAAAAUUUGGAGGAUGGUCGAAUUCUAUGAAGGUACCAUUCCACGUACUCAAGGGUCCUGCUGAAUAUGAGGAAGAGGUAUAUUUAGCGGCAUUUUUAUCGUGUUGGCUUUGUGCAUUUGUAUUGCCGCAUGAAGGUCCUAGAGUUAUCCGCCCGGAAACAUUCAGAGUUGCUUGUAUGUUGGCUCGAGGGAAACGUGUAUGCCUUGCGGUCCCGGUUCUUGCAAGUGUCUAUCAUGGGCUUAAUCGGAUCUCGAAUGCUCCAGCUCCUGAUCAAGUUAGAACGUGUUUUACCGUUCACUAUGUCUAUGGAUGGUUGGCAUCAUACUUUGAUACGCAUUUUAAGAAUGAGAUCCAUUCCACGACGCCAUUAAUGAUUUCUUAUUCGGGAGAAAGUGGAGCGAGAUCCCUCGAGAAGAGAAGUGCGCGCGAACGAAUUUUCCAGGGAGAUGUAUCAGCAUGGGUGUGUUCUACACAUCGGAGAAUCAAAGAAUAUUCUUUCUUCGAUGGUAAAAAUCCUCCAGAGGCUGAGUUGGCGCUUUUUAGGAGUCUUCGGUCUAAUUAUCUUGUAUUACGCUACCGGGAUCAUUGCAUUGAUGAGCCUUAUACUCCUCACCGCUUUAGUCGCCAAUUUAGGUAUUUUCAGGCUUAUGCUUCUGGCUUUCUUGAGAUGCGUAAUCGGAGUGUCACACUUGCUGCUGGCUUUCAACUUUGGCUACAGUUUGAGCAUGGCAUGUCACAAGCUGAAGCAGUAUUUCCGACUCCUCCUACUAUUCCAGCGAAAUUUUAUUCAUUGCAGUAUAAAGAAUGGUGGGGUCAAGUUCAUGGAAGUUAUUUGGAGAAUCAUGUGAGCGACUUGAUCAAGAUUUGCGAUCUUGCGGUUGGUGAUGUGAUCACCCCUUCAGAUCCUGUGACUCCAAUCUCCAAGAAGAAAAAAAUGCCUGACACUGAAGCUAAGUCUUUGCCUCAGAAAAAGGAUUCAUGAAGUCCUUGAUGAUGUUAGUUCCUCGAAUCAUGUUUCUUCAUCUAGCUCAAGUGAAGGAGAAAGCGCAGAUCAUGACACCGUCGCUGGAUUGAUAGCAGAAACCGGCCCAAGUCAUUGCAAAGAAGUUCUGAUCCAUGAAAUACCCAAGUCUUCUCAUGCGAAACCGGCUGCAUCUGUAUUCCAUGCAGAAGACUACUUCUUGACUUUGUAUAAGCAGUUCAUCAUUAAUACUUGUAGUGGCAUUCAACAAAAGUUAGGACGGACUAUAGCAGAGAACGUCUCAUCUCUUCGGGAGAGUGUUGAGAAUUGUGUUAUCUUGAUGGAGAAGGAGGGCAUUGACCUUUCCAUGUUGAAAACGAGAGUGAAGCAUUUCUUUGAAAGGGCACAAGCAUAUGAUCAGACGUGUUCGACUGUUGCUGAUAGGGUUCCUUCUGAGAAACAAUCUCAGGAAUUGGCUAUGUCGCAGGCUUUUUAUGAAGAUAUUGAAGCUAAGAGAUCUCAAAACCAAGUGGCAUUACUUGAUGAUGAGAAAUAUCUUAAUGAUAUCAAGAAGAAGAUAGCCUUAUUGGAAGCUGAAGCUAAGGAAGUAGAAGUUUCGAUCUCCAAGCGUCGUGUAGAGGCUAGUGACUUAGACACAACUCUUACGAAGGCUAAGGAGGAAUCUUCACGGAUUUUGAAGACUAUCAAAGCAUCAGAUGAAGAUCAAUUUACUUUAAGUACUCAGAAGAAGGAGCUAGAGGCCUUGAAGGAUGACUUAGUUAG